AUGACCCUCUUCCGAGCCUGCCUCGAUCUCCACGCCGGUCAAGUUGAGCACCACCACUCUCCCCCCUCUUCCCUCCUCACCAUAUCUCAUCCGAUUCUUCCCCAGGUCAAGCAGAUCGUCGGUGGCUCAUUGGACCUGCGUGAACCGGACAAGCUCAAGACCAACUUUGAAUCAUUGUUUGUUUGCUCAUCCUCCAAGAAGAAAUACCUCACGGGCACCCAUCUGAUCAAACUAGGCCCAGCAAACGACGAGGUUGCCCGGCGAGCACUAGAAUCCUGGCCGGGCCAGAUCCAGGUCGGCGGAGGGAUCAACCUGGAAAACGCACAGCAGUGGAUCAACGCCGGCGCAUCAAAGGUUUAUCUCCCAAAGUCAAAGCCAUCCCCACCCCAGAUUCGAGCAGCUCUGGCCGCUCGAGAAAUUCUCGAGACCGGGAGGGCGGUGGGAAUGGACAGCGCCGUGGAAGGGAUUCUUCGUCUUCUUCAUCUGGUCACGGCGGAGCUCGCCUGA